AUGGCCACCACGCUGGCGGAUCAUGUUGGGAGUGAAGGCUGUGUGGCCUUAACAGAGCAUGGCGGCACGCGUUGCUCCAAGGCCCUUUCAAACCUGCACCGACUCGAGCGGUUUGGCCAGCUGGACGACAAGACGAUGGAAGCCAUGCAGGCACUACAGCGGAAAAGGCGUGACAGUCAUCACACUGCACCUUCUGGCAGAAACAACAACAGUGGGAGUGGCGACAACGAUGACGGUUAUGAUGCUAGAGAAGGGGCAGCGGAAGGGGGCAGUCUUGGUGUUGGUGUUGUGCGUCACUUGCCAGCGCCGAUACAGACCGUCAUUGGUGUUGUGCUGCGAGGCAUCUCGCUCGUACAGCACAUUACGCAUGCCAUGUGGUCGCUCCUGUUUGCCUUGAUCGCCGUCGCUUCCCUUCACUGGAUGACUCCUUCACACCCAGACACCAAGCCCUCAUAA